AUGAGAGCUGGAGAACUUGCGAUGCCAACAUGGGUGUCGAUAGGAUUGAAGACGCAGACUCAGAUUAACAAUCAGCUGCACAUCAGUCAGGGAGUAUCAAACACCCACAUAUGUUACAAUUUAUGCUCUACGGUACUCGCAGAUAGAGUUGUAGCUUUCGCACCGAGACUGAAGAUUGUUUCCCGCUCUUGCUCUGGAACUCGCGUUCGCGUUCGGCGGUCACAUCGGUAUUCGCAAUUUGCUUUCGGCGAACUGAGCGGCGAAUCGCAAUUCCGCAUCAUCGUGGUGCUUUACCUAGGGUGUGAACUCUGGAGAUCGCUUUUUAAUCGCCUGGAAAAAGUGACAGUCAUCAAAAAACCCGAUUCAAAGCUAUUGAUUCAAGAGGCAAGCAGUUUUAUCACGCAGAAUCUGAUUCGCCAACAACAAAAUUACUGCCUCCAGUUCCUCUGCCACUUUGGUAUCCUAGAUCUCAUUCCAUUACCGCCACAACGCAUCUCGUAUGCAGAUGUGGCGGCUAAAGCGAACGUGCCGGUUACGAGAUUGAAGGCCGUUGCGAGAAUGGCCAUGACAGCCGGAUUUCUCCGUGAGACGGUCGAUGGCAAUCUAUCGCAUUCCCCACUCUCUGGAAUCUUCGUUCAAAACGAACAUCUACGGAUCCACUUGCACCACAUGGUUGAGCAGACAAUCCCCUUGAUGGCUGCGUUCACCCAAGCGAUAGAGAUGUGGGGUGAGACCAAGGUACCGAAUCAGACGGCGUACAACAUCUCUGCAAAAACAGAUCUGCCCUUCUUUGAGUACCUCAAUUCGGAUCCGGAUAUCGGCAGCGAGUUCGAUUCCUAUAUGAAAAGUCAGGCAGUUGUGAACUCGGGUGCCAAAGUAGAACAUCUAUUGCGUGCUUUUGAUUGGGCAUCUUUGAGAGAAGGAGCUACGGUCGUCGAUCUGAGUAUUCCCACCCACUGGGUUGGUGGAGGCAGCGGUGCGACGGCGGCUGCACUGGCUACGGCCCAUCCCAAGCUCCGUGUCGUCAUUCAAGACUUGCCAACUCCUAUCCGUAACACAAGUGCUUUUGUUGGAACGCUCCCGAAUGACGUUUCAGGACGGAUAGAGCUCCAGGAACACGACAUGUUCAAGGGGCAACCAAUUAAGAAUGCGGAAGUAUACCUUUUGAGAACCAUUAUUCACGAUUGGCCGGAUGAGGAAGCGGUAUCCAUUCUGCGCCGCGUUGUUGCCGCAAUGGGACCACAGAGUCACCUUGUCACCAUGGAUAUGGUGCUCCCGAUUCCAGGAACCGAAUCUCCAGACUCUGAGGCUGCAUUGAGGCAGAAGGAUUUGGCAAUGAUACAGACAUUCAAUACUAAGGAGCGCGAGAUGGAGCAGUGGCUUGAACUUAUCAGAGCUGUGGACCCUCGGAUACAUGUGUGGAAAGUCCGACGACCAGAAGGUGCCCAGCACUCAGUUCUUGAUGUAACAUUUCGGGAAAAUGUACCUACUAGCUAG